AUGAUCCCGACGACGCGGCUGCUCAGCUGCUGCUACUUGCUGUCGUUCAUCUUCAUCGCCGUCGCCCCGCGUGCGAUCGAUUCCAAGCUGGUGACCAGCCUCCCCGGCUUCGACGGCCGCCUCCCCUUCCGCCUCCACACUGGGUACGUGGAGGUGGACCAGGGCACGGAGCUCUUCUACUACUUCGUCGAGUCGGAGGCCGGCGGCGAGGGGGUACCUUUCCUUCUCUGGCUCACCGGCGGCGACCGCUGCUCCGCCUUCAGCGGCCUCGCCUACGAGAUCGGUCCCGUCAGGUUCGUCCUGGAGCCCUACAAUGGCAGCUUACCACGCCUGCACAUCAACCCAAACUCAUGGACAAAGGUGGCACACAUCCUGUUCGUCGAUUCGCCGGUCGGUGCUGGAUUUUCCUUUGCCAAGCAACCCAAGGGGUACGAGGUCGGGGAUGUGUCCUCCUCAUUGCAGCUCCAUGACUUCCUCAUCAAGUGGUUCAGCGACCACCCCAAAUACCUGAAAAAUCCUUUCUAUAUCGGUGGAGAUUCCUAUGCCGGAAAACUUGUGCCAUAUAUCGCACACAUCAUUUCACAAGGUAUUGAAGCAGGAAAUAGUCCCCGCAUUAAUCUUAAGGGAUAUCUAGUAGGCAACCCAUCGACUGGUGAAAGCAUCGAUAUAAGCUCUAAAGUGCCAUAUGCUCACGGAGUUGGUAUAAUAUCAGAUCAGUUGUAUGAGACCAUAUUGGGCCAUUGCCAAGGACAGGACUACAUGUUCCCGACAAAUGAUUUGUGCGCCCAAGCUCUGGAUGAUUUCAAUCAUCUUUUGUCCGAAGUUCAGCAGGCCCAGAUUUUGCUGGACACCUGCGUUUUUGCGUCCACUCCAGCCCGGCCAGAAGCUGAUAGUGGGACCGAGUACUCGGGUGGCGCUGGUAGGAGGAUCCUAGUUGGAAAUCCGCCACCUCGCCCUCCAUUUGGAUGUGUUACUUAUGGGUACUACCUAUCGUAUUUCUGGGCAAACGCGGAGGUGACACGAAAUGCUCUUGGGAUCAAGGAGGGGAGCGUGGAGGAGUGGGUGAGGUGCCACAACGGCGAUCUGCCCUACACAAUCGACCUCAGGAGCAGCAUUGAGUACCACCGGAACGUCACGGCCAAUGGUGGCUACCGUGCGCUUGUAUACAGCGGCGACCAUGACGCAUUGGUGCCGCACCUGGGGACACAGGCGUGGAUCAGGUCACUUGGCUUCCCCGUGGCACACCAUUGGAGGGCGUGGCAUCUCCAUGGCCAGUCUGCUGGGUUCACCUUAACUUACUCCAACAACAUGACAUUCACAACCAUUAAGGGCGGCGGGCACACCGCGCCGGAGUACGAGCCCGAGAGGUGCUUCGCCAUGUUCAGCCGAUGGAUACUCGGCGAACCACUCUAG